AUGUCCCUGCGCGGCCUCAGCCCGACCAACAUGCAACCUGAACCAACCCUUCGCUACAGCUACGACUGUCCAAUCUGGAAGAACUGUGCCACCCUUCGCUCUGGCUCUAUCCCCGCCAAUACUACUCCUCCUCCUACUGGCCAUGUGAACGGCUCCGGAAUCGGCGGGAGCUUCGAGAUCAUGAACAUCAACACCCUCAAUACUGCUAUUUUCCCCAACUUCAACCAGAUCAAUCAGCAGGACGCGCUCUAG